GUGGUGGAAGGACCGAUGUCCACGCUGAUGACUCGAAUAGCUGCUGAUAUUUGGUUCGCGGGCACGAAAAUUAAUUACUUAUCUAAAUCCAAACAUAAAUCAAAACAGUACAUUUCUGCAGCAGUGAGUUAACAUAAAGAACAACGGCGCACAAAUCAAACACCUUUGACGAUGUCUGUAACCGAAAUGUUUAGCUACAUCCAAGGCUUUUUAAGUGCUGACCAAGAUAUUCGAGAGGACAUAAGAAAAGUAGUCCAGGUCCUGGAGCAGACGGCGAGAGAGAUCCUAACUGUUCUUCAAAGUGUCCACCAACCUACUGGAUUCAAAGACAUUCCUUGCAAAUGCCUGAAGGCCAGAGAACUGUUCUGCACUGUUAGAACUCACACUGGAGAGCUGAAAACAAAGUUCCCUGUGGAACAGUACUAUCGGUAUCACGAGCAUUGGAGAUUUGUUCUUCAGCGUCUUGCCUUUCUUGCAGCGUUUGUGGUAUAUUUGGAAAGCGAGUCCUUGGUCACACGCGAGGAAGUGGCAAACAUACUUGCCAUUGAAGUUGACAGAGAAAAAGGCUUUCAUUUGGAUGUUGAAGACUACCUAGCUGGAGUUCUUAUUUUGGCCAGUGAGCUGUCCAGGUUGGCAGUAAACAGCGUGACAGCAGGGGACUAUGGACGGCCGCUUCGUAUCUCAAACUUCAUCAAUGAACUGGACUCUGGCUUUCGGCUGCUCAACUUAAAGAAUGACCCUCUCCGCAAGCGCUAUGAUGGCCUCAAGUAUGAUGUGAAAAAGAUAGAGGAGGUGGUGUAUGACCUUUCCAUCCGAGGCCUUGCCAAGGAGCAGGAGACUGAAGGUGAUAAGUAGAGCCAGUAGGGAAACUCAAAAGGCCGCGGGGCGCUACCCUGGCUGGGAUUCUCCAUGACUGGGAGAGUAAAUAAACCUGCCAGCGGGCAGGUGAUCAGAGGAGGAGGGAAUGGAGGUUUUGAAGCCCAAGCAGCCUUGAAUAGUGGCUUGUCUUUUAAGCCACUUGUUCACCAUGAUGGAAAGCCGUUCAGGUCUGUUUUAGUGGGGAGAUGUUCAAUUUCUUACCGCUGUUAAGAGAUGCUCGCAUACAGAUGUAUUCUGUUUGCUUGUUCUGUUUACUUGGAUGUGCUUUUUUAUUAUUAUUAAUAUUGUUUCUGUCUCUGUCAUCACUCUUGUGAAUCAUUGUACAGUCAAAUAAGAUGAAAGUUGUUGUUUUUGUUUGGGGAGCUGUCACUUAAAUACAGUAGUUUUGGUGAGAGACAAAUUGACGAAUGAUAUGGGAAACAGAGUUCUAUGUCAGUGUAUUUUUUUUUUAAUUUUUUUUAUAAA